AUGAAUCUGCAGCCCGCAGUUUCACCGAACAAACGGAUAAUAUGUGAAACUCGGCUUCACCGGACGAGACCGCAAUCAUUACCCUGUUUCCGUGGACGAAGACCGUGGAUUGCGAAAUCCGGACGGUCGACGACUGGCCAUCUUCCUCCUGGCCUGUUGCAGCUGACCGUACCUGGAUUCGAUUACCUGCUCCACCGGUUUUUCCCUCGGAUUCAGAUGUUGUUCGUUCGUUUACCUGGACUGGCACUUUUCGAACACGUAGAAACUCGCGACCCGCGCGACCCGCGACCGUUUUCCAUCUUCGUCGUCCCGACGGUCCCGACGGUCGCGGCCAUACUACGGAUGGCAGCACGAGAAGCCUCCUCGCGUUGUGGGUCCCACGAUCCAAAGCUCCACGCGCGGGCCCACGGGGACCGAAGCGUCGCGAGACGAGCCGCAGAGAAUCGCCGAGCAACGGAAGCCUCGGCCCUCGAAGGCUUCCCUGCUUGUCGGACUGGCGGUCAACGUCGUCGGACGAGGAAAGUGUGGGCGGGGAUGACGUGGAAUCCCCCAACGGUCACUUUCGCGGCGGCCGGUGGCUCGCAGGGUCCGAGCUCCGGAGGAAGGGGGACCGGAGCCACGCUGGUGGGUGCGUCCGCCGGGUCGACCCGUGCUCGAGAGUGGUCCGCGAUCGAUAGAGAAAGAGAGAGUCGACGGGGGAAUUGA